CUAGAAAUAAAAAUAGAAUUAUCUCAUUUUCAGUGUCAAACAUGGCAUCCCAGUUGGAAGGAUUUGUGAAUUCUGUGGUUUCCCUGUCAACUGACGGUAAUUAUGCUCAGCUUUGUGAGGAGGUCACCAAGUGUUUGGAGUUAUUGAGGAAGAAUGCAGCGUAUCUUGAUACAGUGUUAGAGACCCUGGAUCCACAGCUUCAUUCUAUCGGAGUCCUAGCCAUCCUUAAUGUUAAAUUUCAAGUAGCCUCGUCUCCGUCAGCGACAGAGUUUGAAACACUCUUCUCUCAGACCCAACUCUUCUUCUCAACAUGCAAUGGAGAGCAAGUCAGGUUCACUACAGAAAGCUAUGCAUCUCUUGCGCACCAUCUGACCAAGGGUUUAAUCCAGAGGAACCAAGCCAUCAGGGGUAUAACCAUCCUGCGUAGCGCCAUCUCACGGAUCCAAAUACAUCCUGGUCAGCUGACGUCAUUACAUGCAGACCUGUGUCAGCUCUGCUUGAAAUCCAAAUGUAUGAAACCGGCAUUACCAGUUCUUGAUUCAGACAUUACAGAAAUAAGCAAAGAGGGCGGUCAUUUUGACUCUACACAUUUCUUGUGCUAUUACUACUAUGGAGGGAUGAUCUACACAGCCCUCAAGAAAUGGGAUAGAGCUGGAUAUUUCUUUGAAGUGGCAAUCACAACACCAUCCAUGGCAGUGAGUCACAUCAUGUUAGAGGCGUACAAGAAGUUCAUCCUAGUGUGUCUGAUUCAACAUGGCAAGGUCCCUAACCUACCCAAGUACACAUCCCAAGUAGUCAGCAGAUUUAUCAAGCCACUGAGUCAGCUGUACCAGGAGAUUGCCAACUCUUACUCUACAAACAACCCAUCCGAUGUGAGCAGUGUCCUAGAAAAACAUUCUGAUCAGCUCAAUAGAGACCAGAACAUGGGCCUUGGUAAGCAGGUGGUGUCGUCACUUUAUCGGAAGAAUAUCCAGCGACUUACAAAAACCUUCCUCACGUUAUCUCUGAGUGAUAUUGCAAGAAGAGUUCAUCUACAUGCACCGCAAGAGGCUGAGCAGUAUGUCAGAAAUAUGAUUGAAGAUGGGGAGAUCCAUGCAACUAUCAGCAAACAGAAUGGAAUGGUCCAUUUCCAUGACAACCCAGAAAAAUAUGACAACCCUGCAGUCCUCAGACACGUCGAACAGCAGAUGCAGCAUUGUAUCAGUCUGGAUGAGAAGCUAAAGAGCAUGGAUCAAGAGAUAGCUGUUAAUCCACAAUAUGUUCAAAAGAGCAUGGGAGUACGAGAAGACGACGAAGUGGGCGGAGUCUUCGGAGGGAAAUAGGACACACUGUAUAGCUGAAUGUACAUAAUCAUGGUGGAUUUAUGAACUGCAGGAAACAGGAAAACAAAAGAAUGACAACAUCUAUUUAUAUAUUCCAAUCCCCUUUUUCAAAAUUGAACCCUGCAUGGUACUGUUUUUUUUUUCGUUUUUCCAAAAGUACCAAGUCAUUUAACAUUUACUGUACAGAGAAGACAAAGUUGCAUUCAUGAAUUUCAUAUAAAGUG